AUGGAUGCCUUGGAACGGGUCAGCAAUGAGAUAUGGCUCAUCAUCCUUGAAGGCAUGGACCAGCCAUCUGUUAAACAUUUGUCGGAGACGUGCAGAGAUAUGCAUAGCCUCUGCACGCCCGCGCUGUACUCGCACAUCGAUCUCAGUGUCCAUCAUGUCAAACCCGAUAUCAAAACCAACGCCCUCGGAGGCAUGACCACUCGCUGGCCCAAGGACAGUAUCAUCUUCGGCCGCCAAAGUCUCUUCAUGGAGCAAAUACUGCGACAACCGGAACUAGGUCGCUUUGUCCGCUCGUUCUCGUGGACCAUGAGUCUGCACACGGUUUGUCGACUGCCUCAUUGGGCUCGUCCCUACUCAUCACCCAUCCACGAACUGGACAACAUCUACACCCUAUUCGGCCACCUCGACCAAGCCGUCUCCAUAGACAUAUUUGGCGGAUACGCCCAUCCUUAUCCGUGUCCAACAGUACGCUCCCUAUUUCCACGCGCCACCGCCAUCUCCCUCAGCGGCCAGAUGCACUACGCGCUGGCCUCAGCCAUCCUACACGGCACAGACAAAUUCCCGCUUCACAGCCUGACCAUCGACCAUCUACACGAGCGCGGUCUUACUAACGAUGGUAACAACUUCCCCGGCGUCCGAAGCCGUGAUGAACGGAUCUUACGCCUCAAGACCGAAAACAGGCCGGCGCAUGAGGAACAGCCCUCGGAGGUGCUACCAGGCGACAUGACCGGGCUCUUCACCCCAGAGCUAGAAACCCGGUGCGCACACCUCCAGACGCUCACCUAUCGUGCAUUAGACCACGUACGUCUCACUAUAGGCGACGCCGGAGUGGAAUACCACUUCGACUGGCAGCAGCGUGGGGACCUCGUCCACGGUGAACUGGCGCAUUUUGUACGAAUAGUGCAGCCACAGGUAGUUCGGCUGGUGUACUCGCAGCUGAGCAAGGAAAGCAAGGCUGAUAUCUUACUUCGCUAUUACGUGCGGAGAUGUUGCUUCACGGCCCCGCCUCCGUCGCCGCUGAAACACACUUUGCUGCCUGUAUUGCUCCAGGGAUGGCCGGGGCUGCAGCGAUUAGAGAUCAGCGGUGGUGCAUUGUGGAUUUAUCCUCGUGGGGACCAUGACGAGAGCCUCGUUGUGUCUGGUGCUUUGGAGAAAUUGGAGAAUGUUCAGGUUGUGAUUGAGCCAGAUGAGUGGGAUACGUAUUAUGGCGCGCUAUGUACGUGGGAUCCUGAUAUUCGUUCUGUGGCGGAGGAUGAUUUGCAUGAAGAGAAGACAAACAGAUCGAACUUCAACCGUUGGAUCCCUUGGGUAAAGGACUGA